CCCGCUCGGCACGGGGCAACCGUGCGGGGGGGUGCUUUGUCCAUCCUCACUAUAUAAGCGCGCGCAGGCCCAACGGCUCGCACGAGCUCAUCCAAAGCAGAACAACUCAAAGAGGCGCGUGCCGCUUGUCCUGCUCAGAACUCUCGCGACCUUCCACUAACCCAAGAGCUCCUCGCGCCAUGGACUCCGACAGCAGCAGCUGCGACUUCUUCACGCGCACAGACGACGAGGACUCCCGCGGGAGUGCACGCUGCGCGUCACCGCAGCCCGAGCAGCAGAAGAAGCGGCGUCGGGGCCGCGGCUCCGUGCCCGUGGUGAGGAAGAACCGGCGCGUGAAAGCCAACGACCGCGAGCGUAACCGCAUGCACAACCUGAACGACGCACUGGACACGCUGCGCGAGCUGCUGCCCGCGUGCGCGGAGGAGACCAAACUCACGAAGAUUGAGACGCUGCGCCUCGCGCACAACUACAUCUGGGCCCUCUCCGAGACCGUGCGCAUCGCAGACCUGCAGGCUGGGAAAGCCGGAGACGCGCCUCUGCUGCGCGGCUCCGUGCGACUCGCGGACGCGUCCAGCCCCGGGAGCGACGCCCGCUCCUGGAGCUCCAGCGACUCCUCUUCCUCCUCCUCCUCUUCAUCCCCGUCUUACUGCGCCUCCAGCCCGGGCAGCCCCCCGGAGGACUACGGAUACCGGCCGCAGGACGCGCUCUUCGGCUUCCGUAGCUUCGUGCCGGGCGUCUACUGACCCAGGUCAGAGGAGACAUGGGACAUAAGACACAGAGAGGACAGACGAGACAGAGGACCGUCUGUGUGGACUGAGACAGAUUCACUGUUUGCCUUAUGGCUCAUUUAUAGUCACGUGUUUAAAUGUAUGAAUGAGAUCAAUUCCUUGUUUUUUGGUUCCUUGUUAAAGCCCGUGCACUUUGCCCCCCCCCCCAUCUCGGAGGUGAAAAGUCAGUUUUACAAUUAGUCGCGUGCUGAAGCAGAAAAGCGAGCGUGGAAUCGUGUUUGACCGCUCGUGACAGAGUAAAGAAUAGACCCCCCCUCUCUGGUAGCCCCCCCCCCAACCCCCAACUGAUGCUUAUUUUAUUUAUUUUACCCGUCUGGUUUUCAUUCAUAAAAUCUGUAUUUUGUACAUAAAGAGAUUUUUAUUCUAUUUACUGCUGCGGCC